ACAUAAAUUGUAUAACAUGAUGCAACUCUGCUUUUAGACAGCUGUUAAGAUUUUUUGACUUCAAAUGUUUGUGGCCAUUAUUUAUUUAUUGUAGAAGAAAAAUCUAUUUUAAACGGCUUCAAGAUGAUGCGCUAUGAAGGUGAAGAAAAGCUUGCUGACACAUCAACCUGUGCCGGAGUGCGUGCUGAUUUAAAGAUGUGCUUACUGGAGAGUGACUGUUGCCGAAAGGAUAAGAAAACACCACGUGAAUGUCUACAAAGCCAUAAUGUUCCUAUUGAGUGUCAGGUUUUAAGGAAUACAUUUUUUGAAUGUAAACGUUCAUUGUUGGAUAAUAGGACACGUUUUCGUGGACAUAAAGGAUACUAAAAGCGCAUAAAUUACAAAUUUAUAACAAUAAGUUUUUUUUUUGUUGAAGAUUUGAAAUAAAAUGUUGAUAUAAGU